AGCAGAGCAGAGUAGAAUGCCCAGCCACUCGAUCGGAAAAACAAGCAGCCAUGCAAAUGAGCCGCCAUGGCACCAGCAGCCGUCUCUUCCACAGCGUCUGCCUCCUGCUCCUGUGCUUCUCAUGGCUCUGCUCCCUCUCCCACGGCAAGAGGACGCCGCCGUCGCCCAAGAGCUCCUCUCGCCUCCCCGUCCGGGCCGUUUGCCUCGGCGGCUGGCUCGUGACGGAGGGCUGGAUCCUCCCAUCCCUCUUCGACGCCAUCCCCAACAAGGAUCUCUUGGAUGGAACGCAGCUGCAGUUCAAGUCGGUGCCGUGGGGCGUGUACUUCGCCGCCGAGCAGGGCGGCGGCACGGUGGUCGUUGCGAACCGGACGCAGGCCUCCGGAUGGGAGACCUUCAAGCUGUGGAGGAUCAAUGAGACGACGUUCAACCUGAGGGUGUUCGGCGGCCAGUUCAUGGGCGUGGACACCGACGGCGCGGUAGUGGCGACUGCGCUGUCGCCGGGGCAGUCGGAGGCGUUCCAGCUAGUGCGCAACCCCGACAAGACCAGGACGCGCAUUAUGGCGCCAAACGGCUUCUUCUUGCAGGCAAAGAAAGAUGGCUCGAUGACAGCGGACUACGGCCAGAGCACGAGCUGGGGAGACGACGACCCGUCGGUGUUUGCAGUGACCAAAGUCGGGCAGCUGCAAGGGGAGUACCAGAUCUGCAACGGAUACGGCACGUCCAAGGCUACACCGGUUCUCAAGAACCACUGGAAAACAUACAUAGUUGAAGAAGACUUCAGGUUCAUCUCAGAAAGCGGGCUGACGGCGGUGAGAAUCCCGGUCGGAUGGUGGAUCGCCAGCGACCCCAGCCCUCCGGCUCCCUACGUUGGAGGCUCGCUCAAAACUUUGGACAACGCAUUCAAAUGGGCAGAGAAGUACAAUCUGGGUGUGAUCGUCGACCUGCACGCAGCUCCGGGGUCACAGAACCCCUGGGAGCACAGCUCCUCCAGAGAUGGCACGCAGAACUGGGGAACCACCGAUGCCAACAUUGCGCAAACGGUGCAGGUCAUCGAGUUCCUCGCGUCCAGGUACGCCAAGAGCCCGAGCCUGCUGGCGGUGGAGCUGAUGAACGAGCCGCUGGCGCCAGGCACUUCACUAGCAAGCCUGAUGAAGUACUACCGAGACGGGUACCACGCCGUCAGGAGGCACUCGUCGACGGCAUACGUGGUCAUGUCCAACCGGCUCGGGAUCGGGGAGAACACCACCGAGCUACUCGAGUUCGCCGGCGCGUUUCCCGGAAGCGUCCUCGACGUGCACUACUAUACCGUGUUCAACAGCAUCUUCAACAACCUCACCGUGGACCAGAACAUCGACUUCAUCAGGACCAACUUCUCCGGCGAGCUCAGCAAGGUCACCACGCACAACGGCCCUCUCACCUUUGUGGGAGAAUGGGUGGCUGAGUGGCUUGUGCCUAAUGCAACAAAGGAAGAGUACCAGAUGUAUGCAAAGGCGCAGAUGGAUGUCUAUGGGCAGGCCACUUUUGGAUGGGCCUAUUGGACUCUCAAGAAUGUUAAUGACCACUGGAAUAUGCAGUGGAUGAUCAAGAAUGGAUACAUCUCCUUGAAAAGCUAGGAUUGAUAUGUCAUCACUCAUGAAGUUUGAAUAACGAUUUAUGAUGAAUAAAUUUGCACUAGCCGGAGCUCA